AUGACUAGAACAAUCGCUCCACGUGAUUUGGCUCCACCAGAUUUGGAGCGUGGAGACGGCCUUCUAUCAGGGUCUCUUGGUGCUGGUGGGACUACAGCUACGACCUCGACAUCGAGUCGCAGUCCAUUUACGACAACCAGAAGAGGCGAUGGAACUGAAGAGAGUGGUGGCUUUCUGCCAUCUUCUAGCUCUACGAUAGGUGUCCCAAGACCACG